UAAAGGGAUUUUGUUUGUUUUUUUUUCUCGUGGUGCCAGAAGAAGAGCUCAUAGCAAUGCGCUUGUUCUUAUUGUAUCCUUAUUUUAUCCCAGAAUAGCAAAAAAAACGAAAAGAAGAUACGGAACCGAACCCCGAAUGUCCCACACGGGUGAAAAGUGCUGCAGCAGGCUGAACGAAUCGGUCUCGAACGGGUGCAAGGGACAGUGAUGUGAUAUGUGCGGUAAACGAAACCGAAGUGGCUUGUUGUGAUCACUCCACCUCAGGAUCAGUGAUCGAGUGCAAAGCAAGUGAAGGAGCCUGCGAAGAAGCGGCGGAAAAAUUCACCCCACCAACUGCCACCAAGCAAACGGGAAAAGCAACUACCCCCAGGUGGCGCUACCACGUGCGAGAACGAGAAAACCACAAAACCGCGCGAGAACUCGCAAAACCGGAGUCGCCUUCGGUUAGCAGGAGAGGGAGGGCAAAAAGAAAAAAAAAAGAACCAGAAAAGAAAAGCCAGAAUCGCGCGUCCCUUCGGGGGGUGAAAGGGCGCCCCAGCAUAGAGAAGGGCCCCAAGCCCGGAUAAACCGUUGUGUCCGCGUGUCCGUGCGUGUGUGUGUGUGUGAAACAGUGUGAUCGUUACGAUGGCAUUCAACGGUGGGGGUGCAGCAGGCGGUGGUGCCGGUGCAGGAGCAGCAGCCGCAGCGGCAGCAGCAGCAGCAGCAGUGGCCGCUGGUGCAGCAGCAAACGCCGACGAAAACGAACCGUCCGGGGCGAGCAAAAAGAAAAACCUGAUCAUACUCGUGGACAAGGAUUCGAACGAUAAGCUGAACGAGCUGUUCGACAAGACGCUCAGCAACAAGAUGCCACUGCAGAUCCCGUACCGCAUGCGGAAGCUGCCGGAGUCGUUCUUUAUGCCGCCGUCGUCCGGCUCGAAGUCACCGUCGGUGUCGCACUCGCGGGAAAACUCCGCCGAUUCGGCGUUCGGUUCCGGCACGACGAUCCUCGGCGGUGUAGCGGCCGGUGUUGCAACAGGUCCUAAUGGGUUGCCGAUUCAUCACAGCCGCGCACACAGCAGUCCGGCCUCGCUCGGUAAGAUUCCGGUCGGAUUGGCCGGGCUGGGUGGUGGUGCCGUGGCCGUUGCAGCUGCGGCUGCGGCGGCUGCAGCAGCUGCCGCCGGUGGUGCCACUGGCGGUGGUGCUGGAGCGGGACCGGCUGGUGGUGGUGGUGGUGGUGGUGGUGCGGGAGCGGCCGGAAGUAAUAAGGCGGCUGCAGCAGCGGCUGCGGCGGCGGCGGCGGCUCAGAACGACGCCAGCAGCCUCGGGGCGGCCGUGUUGCAGCAGGCGGCCCUUUCGAAGGCGGCCAUUCAGCAUCUUCACAGUCGCGGACGAUCGUACGAUGUGUCGAAUUUGCACGCGAAUUUCGGCGAGCUGCCACCGGGCUGGGAACAGGCCAAAACCCAGGAUGGACGGAUCUACUACAUCAAUCACAACACGCGCACGACCACGUGGGAGGACCCACGCAUCACCGCCAUGCAGGAAAGCCUGUUCCAGCAGCAGUCCAGCGUGGAAACUCUCUUCAACACCGGCUCACAGACGCUGCUCAGUCCGACGAUCUCCUCACCGACGCCGACGAACAACGUGGUAUUUCCAGAUGCGAUUCAAAUGACAAAUGACAAUCUCGCGCCGUCGAACGCCGCCGCAACGGCAUCGAUGCUGACCGGCGGCAAUGCCGAUCUGGGCCCACUGCCGGACGGAUGGGAGGAAGGCAUCACAGAGAAGGGCGAGCGGUACUAUAUCAAUCACGCCACUCGGUCAACCACCUGGAGGGAUCCUCGAUUGUCAAACCAAGAUUGGGCCGUGCAAGAGCAAACCGUCCGCCUGUACAAUCUUCAGCUGGAGCGGGAACGGCUUCGAAAGCGGCAGCAAGAGAUCAAGUCACAUAUGGGAGACGACCCGUUCCUGUCCGGAAUUGCCGAUCACGCACGCCAGGAGUCCGGUGACAGCGGUCUCAGCGAGUCGUCCAUGACGCAAUCCAUGCCCCACACGCCCGAAUUUCUGUCCAGUAUAGAUGACAGCAUGGACGGUCUCAGUAUGACGGACAACACGAUGGAUACUAUAGCAUUUGGGGACAAUCUGGAGACGCCCGACGAGUUCAUGCUGGACGAUCCGUUGCUGCUGGAGAAGAUCGACGCCGUCACCAACCUGAGCCUGAUAGAUCCCACGAGCAGUAAACCGGAUAACACGCUCUACGACAUCAUCUAA